CGGGUUCAGGCUGACUCGCAGAGGUUGGAGAUGAAUCUAUGAAGGCUUAAAAUUUGUACGUAGCCGCUCUUCUCCGUUAAAGGGAGCAACUGUACGUGUAUUUCUGCGUCUAGAAGCUUCUGCUGAACGUUGUUUUCGUGAGGCUGCGGUCGGUUUAGCGCUCCGUGUUUGCUGAACAUGUCUGCGGAGGAAGCGGACAAAACAACCACCACUGAUGCCAGCGCUGGAGACGAAGAGGAGGAAUGGCUGUAUGGAGAUGAGUCUGAGAGCAAAGAUGAGGACGAAGAAGCCAAACUGAAUGCUGCAGUCAGUGCACCUGCUGAUGCUUCAACAGAAGAUGCCGCUGCACACGCUACAGGGAAUGGAGUGGCUUCUGAGGCCACAGGUGAAGCUGCAGGUGAGGAUGUUGACAGUGACAGCGACAGUGAUGAUGACGAUGAUGAUGUUCGCGUCACCAUUGGAGACAUAAAGACUGGAGCGCCGCAGUACACACCUUAUGGAGCUCCGCCUGUCAAUCUCAACAUAAAGACAACAGGCUCCAGACCUUAUGGACAAGCCACCAAGCUGAAGGGAGUGGAUCUGGAUGCUCCUGGAAACAUAAAUGGAGUUCCAGUGCUGGAGGCUGAAAUGGAGUCAUUUGAAGAGAAACCGUGGAGGAAGCCAGGGGCGGAUCUGUCAGACUACUUUAACUACGGCUUCAACGAAGACACAUGGAAGGCUUACUGUGAAAAACAGAAGAGGCUGCGCAUGGGCCUGGAGGUUUCCACUGUCGGCUCGGUGACAAGCAAGAUCACUGUUCAGCAAGGCAGGACAGGCAAUGAGAAGGACAUAUCCAGUUUGCCUGUUCACACCUCUAAGCCAGAUUUCACAUCUCCUGUCAGUCUGUACAAAUCCGCCGUCACUCAGGUCACCAGGAUCUCUCCCCCUCAGUGGACUGGCCCGCCUGUUCAGGACAUGUCUUAUUAUACGAAGACAAGCGGUACUAUAGAUGUGAUUGGUGGGCAGACAGCCACCAUCAGCAGGGUUGAAGGGCGGCGCAGACACAAUCUAGAUGGCAACAAUAUCCAGGUGAUCGCUGAACAGACAGAUGCUGAGCCGACUCCAGCUAAGAUACCCACCUUCUUUGCUCCUGGACCACUUCCACCAAACAUACCUCCACCUCCUUUCCUCCCUCCGCCACCCAACGUCAGCGCUGCACCCCCACUCAUCCCACCGCCAAGGUUGCCCAUUACUGUCCCUCCUCCUGGUUUUCCCCCUCCUCCCAGUGGGCCCCCUCCUGCUAUUAUCCCCACUAUGGACAGUGGCCACCCUGGAGGUUAUGAUGGACGCUCUGUCCCUUCCUACCCAUUCCCUCAAGGUGCAUACCCUCCACCCAUGGCUGGAGGUGUGCCUCCACCUUGGCCCCCCAUGAUGGACAACUCUAAACCAUGGGACUACUAUCCCCGUCGAGACGACAAGAGAGAGAAGGAGAGAGACCGGCCCCGAGAGAGGACGCAUGAGCGGGAGAGAGAGAGGGAGCACAGCCCUUCAGCUAUGAGCUACACCAGCGACGACGAGCGGCAUCGUUACCGUGAGUACCAGGAGCGUGGUUACGGAGAACGACAUCGUGACCGGUCGAGCCGAGAGAAAGAGGAGAGACACAGAGAGAGGCGGCACAGAGAGAAAGAGGAGGGUCGCCACAAGUCCUCUCGCAGCAGCAGUAGCAGGAGGCGGCACGACAGCGAGGAGGGCGACAGUCACCGGAGGCACAAACACAAGAAGAGCAAGAGGAGCAAGGAGGGCAAAGAGGCCAGCGAGGAGAUAAGCGCAGACCAAGAGAACCAGGAGGCCAUGGAGUAGUGAUCAGCACCUCCUGUUUUUCCUCUAUCUGUCUGUCUGUCUCUCUGUCCCUCUGUGUUUCCCACCACCAAGAUGAGAAAGAAACAAAGGGAGAAGAUGAGCCCAGGAAAACCAGGAAGUUACAGAGUGAUGGAUGCGCCCCGUCACUCCCGUCUCCAUCAGUCUCAUUUCUCCUCCACCCCACUGUCGUUCAUCCUCACCAUCACCUCAGAAGAGAAAGGAUGGAGCGGAGGAGGUGUUGAAGGAGGGGUCGUCGUCUUAUAACUUCAUGUGUCUUUCCAUCACUAGCCGACAUCAGGCAGGGCAUCAGUCUGUCUGUCUUAUACCCCCUCCUUCCUCCUGCUCCUUGACUCCAGCCGUUCUCUCAGAGCACUGCUGUAACAACGAGGUCAGGCUCACAGAUUUCACUGUAUAGUCAGGACGAUCAGAUUUAGCUCUUUUUCUGUCAUUUGUUAAUUUGUUGUCCUUUUGUUCUUGUCCUGUAUGAAGACAUCUAAAGAGACCUCUCAGUUUAAGUUCAAUUAAAAAAAGACUUUUGA